UCAUGAAUUUUGAUGGAUAAUGAACAUGCGUUUCUUUCACGAAUUUCGGUUUUUGCAUCGUCACGAUAUGUCAUGACUGCCAUGGUUGGUGAUUAUGGUCAUGAUAGCAUGCAUCUAUGGGGGCGUUUGUUAUUCCUUUUUCCUUCCUUCCUUUGCUUUUUUCCUUAUGGUUCUCAGAUGGUUUCAUGCUCUCUUGUGGGAAAGGCUAUUGUUGGUUUUAUGUAGGGGAGCGAUUGCUUUCAUUCGAUUUCGGGUACGUACUAGGUCUAGAUUGUGGUCGGGUUUUACAGUUAUAGGAUAGAUUGCAUGAAAAGAUGGAAUGAAUGGAUGAAUAUUCGAAG